AUGAAAAACAGUAAUGGAGUAAUAGCAGAUGCCAUUCUCUGCAAACAAGGGUAUUGUGCAGAUUCUGGUUCACUACAUUCUACUUUGAAUCAAAUGCUGCAGAUAGGUAGAAUUAUACAUUUGGAUGGGGUAGAACUUUAUUUUGGUCCAGUUGGUGGACUGGGAUUUUACAGCCACAGGAAUGAGACGGAGGCUCAAAAUUUUACCCUUUCUCUUAUCGAAAGCUCGUUAUCCACUCAAGUACACGUGCAAACACAUGCUCUGCAAUAUCUAAGAGAUGCAAUUAUUAAUAGGAUUUAUGAGUUCGGAUCUGAGGAUAAAGUGGAGAAUAAAAUUGAUAUAAAUUACAAGUGUGAUAAAGGGAACUGUUUAAUACAGUGGGCUGAGGACUAUGGUGCAAAAACAAGAUUGCAGAUAGCUUAUAUCGAGGGAGCUGGUAGAGGAGCCAUUGCAACGGAAGAUCUGGAAGUUGGUGAAGCUAUGGAGAUUCCUGCAUCGAUUAUAAUCUCUGAGGAUCUCGUAUAUAAAUCUGACAUGUGUCAGGUUUUAGAGAAGAUUGAUGGAAUGUCAUCUGAGACUAUGUCAUUGUUAUGGAGUAUGAAGGAGAGUCACAAUUGUCGUUCGCAAUUCAAGAUUUACUUUGAUACACUAACAGAAAAUUAUCUUACAGGAUUGGACUUUGGAGUUGAAGCAAUCAUGGCUUUGGAUGGAACUUUACUAUUUGAAGAGAUAAUGCAAGCAAAGCAUUUGCGUGUUCAGUAUGAUGAGUUAUUUCUGGCAUUAUCCAAUGAUCAUCCUGAUAUAUUUCCACCAGAGCUCUACACGUGGGAGCAGUUUUUAUGGGCUUGCGAGCUCUGGUAUUCUAACAGCAUGAAAAUUAUGUUUGCUGAUGGAAAGCUGAGGACUUGCUUGAUUCCCGUUGCAGGCUUUCUCAAUCAUUCUGUACAUCCACAUAUAGUUCACUAUGGCAAAGUAGAUCCUGCAACGAAUUCUUUGAAGUUUCCUCUAUCAAGACCUUGCAGUGUUGGGGAACAAUGCUGUCUUAGUUAUGGAAAUUUCUCUGGUUCACAUCUAAUCACAUUUUAUGGUUUCUUACCACAAGGAUACAACCCUUACGAUGUGAUUCCAUUGGGUAAUUUUCUAGCAUCCCCUUCAUAUAGAUCGUCUCCACUUUCCAGUGAACAAUAA